AUGGCGCGGUGGCGGAUGGCAGCGGUGCGUGUCGCCGAAGGUGAUCUUACGGCGACUGCGACACGACCGCAAUUCGUGGGCCCCCUUUAUGCCGAUUGCGCCGCUGCCGAGCACGAGAGCGCGGCCGCAGAGGAGGAGAGGCAGUGGGGAGAGGCGGCCCCCUUUCGCGAGGCGCAGGAGCCCUGCCGCCUGGAUGGCCAGCUCCGUUCGCGGCUGUGCGCGCUGCUCCCGGCGCAGCUGGCGGCGCAGUGCGCCCCCAGCGGCCCUGGGUCGCCGCCAGCCCCCGCGGGCGCUCUGGAGCGCGCGGCGGCGGUGCUGCUUUGGCUCGGCUGCCCGCGGUGCGGAGACGAGGAGGUUGCGGGCCUCUGCUUGCGCCUGGCUAUCUCGGCGGCGAGGACGCGGAUGUCGGCCGCGGCCAGCAAUGAGUACCAGACGGAGCUGACGCUGUCUGGGAUUCGAAAGGACAACAGUCGGGAGAGCGGAAAGCGCAAGAAGCGAGCCAGGGACAGCGCGUUGAAGUGGGACGACGCGGAAGCGCAGAAGGCGCUGGCGGCGGCCGCGGCGCCAAGAUCCGCAGAAGGAAGCGGCGCGGCUGAAGCGGAGGGUGCCCCAGAGGUGGUCGCGGGGAGAAAAGCGACGGCGCCCAGCGCGCGGAAGUGGAGGAACGGGCUUGCGGAGGGCGGGUUGAACGCAAAUCGGCGUAGCAUCGUUGUGAAGGUGGCAGAUCGGGUGUUGGCGCGGGAGAUCGCGGCCACGGGCGCUGCGACGGCUUGCCGCCACGCUGCAGACACUGACGACUUCAACUUCGCGGAGCACAGCGUCAAGCUGGACAGUUGUUCGUACGGCGCUGAGCGGCACGGCCUUCCUCAGCCCGUCGUGUCGACGGGCAUGGCUCCGGCAGAGCUCGCGGCGCGUCGUGGAGCAGCGGACCGCACAGAUCCAGACUUCGAUUGUUCUGCUGCAGGUCAGUUCGGGUCAGUUGCAACACGUCGCCGGGCAGCGCGACGUCGCCAGCAGCGCACCAUCCAGCAGUACCUCAUGCAGCACGUCGUUGUGCACGCCCUUGAGCAGCGCAACCUGAAUUCAGACCCCGACUUGUUGCAGCAGCUCAUUCGUCUUUAG